AAUAUCGAAAUAUUAAAAAUUACUAAUAAUUAACUCAAAAUUGCAUUCUAAAUUUAAAUUUUACAAUAUUAUUUUAUUUCUUUGAAAUUAACAUAAAAUUCAUUUAUUAAAAUUUCAUUUUCAAGAAAAACAUUCGUCGCAUCCCUGAUGAAGAUGCAAAUUACGAACAACUUGUUUGGCGUAUUUAGUAUGUAAAGAAGAUUAAAUAUUAUUGUGCAUGCUUUAUUUAUUUGAAAAUAUUUUGAAGUUUAGUAAAUUUGUUAAAGUUACCUACUCUAACCGAAACAUAAACUGGGAAGAUAAAUAAACAAUAAAAAAAUUUUAAAAUUUUUGAGAAAAUAUCAAUUUGAUUGUUUUGGCAUAUCAUUAUUAAUAAGUAUCGCAGAAUGUUAUUUUACUCAUUUUUCAAAUCGUUGGUGGGAAAAGAUGUUAUAGUGGAAUUAAAAAAUGAUUUAAGCAUUUGUGGUACAUUGCAUUCGGUUGAUCAAUAUCUAAAUAUAAAACUUACAGACAUAAGUGUCACAGAUCCAGAAAAAUAUCCUCAUAUGUUAUCAGUGAAAAAUUGCUUUAUCAGAGGUUCGGUUGUCCGAUAUGUUCAAUUACCAGGAGAGGAGGUGGAUACACAACUUUUACAAGAUGCGGCUAGAAAAGAAGCAGUUACCGGUAGCGCAAGGUAAAUUUGGUUUCUGAUUUGUAUUAUUUCCACUGGCUUGUCUUAAGAAUUUCUAUGUAUGUAUUUUAAGUUUUUGUACAAAGUAAAAAUUGAAUGGUUAAAACUAUGCAUUUAUGAAUAAAUUUAUAGCUGUUUAAUUAAUUUAAAAAAA